AUGGGUGCCAGCGACUCCAAAAUAGGAUUCAAGCAGGGGAUAUUCAGACUUUCAGAGGAGCGGAAUAUUGCGGCGCAUGACCCGUAUUGGACCUCAUUCUGGGAACUUCCCGAGUCGUCUGAGGAUGUGUUUAGCCUCUUCUCGCCCAACGAUAUCCGUCGAACCCGUGACAAUGCCCUAGAGAACAUCGAAACCCUGAUUAUAGCCUUGACAACGCGGAUCUUCAAUUUACGUCACCAUCCAUCCUUUCCAGACGUCGACAGCGCUCCCGAACGAGACAUUCUAAACUGCAUUAGAGUCUUGACCCGAAUACUUCCAUACUUGUACGAAAAAGACAGUUUGGGGUCAUGGGAAGAGCGGUUCUUCUGGACCCCACGAAAGAUAAAGCGUCGAAGUUCAAAUGCAGCUGAAGUGCUGUUUGAUGAAGCCCAGGGCGGAAAAGAGGCGCCGCGGCCUGCAGCAGAAAAGCAUGAAGAGCUAAGGCCUCUGGCUGAGGAGUUGUUGGAUACGCUGAUUGACCUCCUAUUCUUCUCGGAUUUCACAUUGCCUCGCCAGCCAGAUGGGCAGCCCAAGGUCUCAUAUGCCAUAUGGCAGAGCGGGGUUGGAUGCAACACAGCUCUUGCAACGACAAAGGAAUUUGAAAGCAACCGAUGCGAAAUUCUAAGGCUAAUUAUGACUUUUGCUGGUCAAAGCAUGUACAUGACCCCAGCGGUGCUUCCGCAGAGGGGAGUUCGGACUCUGACUUACCUCUGCACAUCUUCCGACAAGCAAAUGGUGCUUUCAGUGCUCUGUUCUCUUCUAAACACCACCUUGAAGUACAAUCCAGCAAGCUGGCGCGUACCAUAUAAUACUUUAGUCUUCAAGGACACCAAGCAGGUGCUUGUGACUUACUCCAUUCACACCCUAUUGGCCAUGCUCAUAUACCCCAUACCUGAAGACGCUUCUUCAACCUCCCACAAGAACUACUAUCGUCAUUUCCUCGGCAGAAUACAUCGCCCCCAAGACUUCCAGUUCAUCGUUGAUGGGAUGACGCGGAUACUCAACCAACCACUUCAGGAGAAAAGUUCAUAUCUGCCUACCUCUCAACCUUCUUCAAACCUAGCUCCAGAAGUUCUAAUGCUUUUCUGGGAGCUGACUCAAUGCAACAAACGAUUUCGGUCCUUCAUCAUUGAAACUGAUAGGGCACACGACUUUGUUGUGUUAGCCCUGUUCUAUGCUUUGGAGUACAAAAAUGAGCCCUCCAAGCAGGGCGUGGUGCGCAUGUGCGUUUUUCUCUUGCAGACGUUGAGUGUGGAACAAAGCUUUGGUUCUCACCUCAACAAGUCAUUCGAAGGCCAGGAAAGCCUUCCCGCAAGCAUAAGGAUUAAUGGGUUCAGUGGCACCUAUGCCGACUUCCUUUUGCACUCCAUUUACACAUUGAUUACUACAAGCCAAAGCAACUUUGCUCCCGUCUAUCCCGCCCUCCUGGCAAUAAUUAACAACAUAGCUCCACACAUCGAGGGCCUGAGUACCUCCAGCAGUUCUCAGCUCAUGCAUCUCUUUUCAUCAAUGUCGUCGCCAUCAUUUUUGCUUGCCAACGAGACCAACCAUGGCCUUUUACACUCUCUGCUGGAUUCCAUCAACUCAAUAAUUGAAAACAAAUACCGCGAGAAUCCCGAGCUGAUAUUGGCCAUUCUGAAAAAUAAGAAGCGCAUUGAGGCACUCAGAACAUUCACUUUGGAAAGCGGGCAAGAGGAGAUUGAGAAGAUCAACAGGAGAAGGAAAGACUCUGGAGGUCACGUCGGACCUUUUGAUGAUGGGUCUCGACGAAGCUCUGUGGAUAGUCUACGAAGUCCGACCAAUGCUUUAUCCAGAACCCAGUCGUUGGAAGAGACCCCCGAAGAUAGCGCAUUUGCCAUUGGAGAUGACGACGACGACGACAAUGACGAAGACGUCGACAAUGAUGACAGCGAAGAAGAGCCUCAGCCAACCCCAGCGGCGUCAACCGCUAGCGAAAAUCCAUCUCAGGCGUCCUCUACAACCAAUGUCGAAGACGCGGUACCUGUACAGAUGCGAGGAAUGUCAGAGAAGGCACGAGGGAAAAUGCCAGCUAACAUCCAAUCUUUCUCUCGGCAGAAUAGCUCAACAAGCCUAGGGGCAUACUCCACUGCAAAUCAGGCGUAUGGGGGUAACUUUGAGCCGACAGCGCCGUGGAUCGACAGUUGGUUGCCUGAGUUACCUCUCCAUACCGUUCUGUCCAUUAUUCAACAGGCAGCGAGCCUUCUUCCACGGCAAGUAUCCGCUCGAGAUGCGACACCAGAGACUCUACGUUGGAUUCAAAAGAUGGAAUUUGUUGGUCUAGAGCCAUCUCCCGUCCGGGUUCAGUCGUUUGAGUGGUCUCAAUUGGCACUUGGAUGGUACGAAUCGCUGCUCUGGGGGGUCAUCUUUGCCAGCGAGAUGCAGAUUGCAAAGGGUACUAUGGGGAUAUGGAAUGGUACUUCCAUCAAGCUCUUCCGAGUCCAGGAGACGGCGGCGGCAGGUCCCACUCUGACCUCACCCAGAGGGGCUGUGGAUGCUGUCGGAAGCAAUAUCGUCUCGCGAAUUGGCCAAAUCAACCUUCGCGGCGGCGCGGCACCUUCAAAUCCUGCACCGAACAGGGGUGGGCCAUGAUGAUAUGCUUCCAUCGUUUUAUUACAUUAUUUCUACUACGGGAGAUACAGCGUGUGAAAUGAGCCACGAGUUGUCAAGCGCGAGGUCCAAACGGUAUACCAUGACGAGCUGCUCUUGCUUGGCAUCCCCAGCAAAUCUCAUCCUGCUCCGUGCGAGGCGCCGCUUGGCCCAAUCACGCCCCCUGGAUGAGCAUAUCCCUGCGUGUACUCGGCGAGAAAAGAGGCAAGCAGCACAUCAGCUUUUGGCUAGUAUUCCCUCCGUUACAGCGCUACUGGGCCAAUCAGACAACUUGACGUGGCUGGGAGGGCCUCGUGUUAAUAUCCGCAAUCGUCGACACCUGACGGGCAUGGGAGGGGAUGCUAGGAAACGAAGGCAUACUUGUACAUACAACGUAUUUGUACGAUUGAUAACGAUGGGCAUCAAUGUUCUGCGGCUGGGUGUGAUGGUUGGGCCGUGCGUCCCCCAUGACUCUACCCCAGAUGGGUGUACGAUGUACGUAUUUGAGAGAAAUUAAUAUUGAAGGCAAUAUGCAAAGUACCUACUAGUAGUAUCUACCUACAUAUAGGAGACUGGGGCUGCGACGUCAUCGGCGCCUCGACAUGAGUCUCAUUACUUUAGCCCUUGAAGGUGCUGGCAUGGAGGGAAUUGAACCUGUGCACUGAU